UACUGCAGUGGCAACCCCAUUUGAACAGACCCCCAAAAACGUCACCUUUGUCUCGGCUGGAUCGCGUUUAAACGGCGUCAGCAUGAUAUCAAUUUCCUAUUGCCUCAAAUCUCUAACGUUGGAUGGAGGGCAAGUGCACUGGAAUUCAGACCUGUCUAUUAGAACGCCCAUGCUACAACUGAACGCAACCACCGCAAAUGUUGAUAGAGGAACACAUUAUAUAAGUAAUGAUCAGCCACAGGAAGGAGUUCUAGCCUCUGUGUAUGGUUAUGGAGAUAACGUCGGGCAUGCUUUCCCUGCUGGGGCGUUGUAUACUAUAACGCAUCCAUGUCACCCAAGUAUCACAGUGGCCGGGGAUUUAGUUGACAACGACUGUGACGGUUUUGUUGACGAGGAGGUCUACAACCAUAUCGACGACGAUAACGAUGGGGAAAUCGAUGAGGAUCUAACAGAAGACCGUUUAGUGUUGCAUUACCACAUUGACCCAUGGGAAAUUGUUUGCAGUAAAAGCAAAUUUGGUAACAUAAUGAGUCUGACAUAUGACGCUAGAAUUGUGUGGGCAAAUGUGUCGGCCGUGUAUAACGAGGGAGAAGAUGCUGGCGCAUGCGCAUUUCUCCACACUUAUGCCACAGAGUAUCGGAGAGACGUCAUGCUCGAUGACGCAGCUGAAAGGAAUAGGUGUGGAAUUGCGAUUAACAAGGAGGAAGACAGCCUGGUGCAUUGUAUCAAUGUGGUAGCACAAGUGGAGGCCGGAGCUAUAAGCAUAGGAGACCACCACUACAGGGUGUGCUGUGUAUUCCAGACCGAUGACCACUCAAGAGUAGUCGGCAGUAGUGUUAAUGUAGAGCAUGGCCCCUCGCUAGAAAGCAGGCAAGCCGGAAGCGAAAUCAACAGUGGACGUGCGCAUGUAACUCUUUCCGUAAAAAAUAUGGCGGACGAACUGGUGCCAACAGUUCGUGUGGGCGACCAGGUUCACCUCCAGGCUUCAUUACGUCGACACGCAGCCUUUCAGGGCAUCCGUGUAAUCAACUGCACAGCAUAUCCCUCACUCAGAAACCCAAGCCCAUCUCGUGUACUGACUAAAGAGGAUGGAUGUGGUACGGGGAGAGUUCUGGCUGAAACGGAAGGAUUUACCCCGCUGGAACAUUCCUCAGCAAGAGCGGUGUCUGCCCCCUUCUAUGCCUUCAAAUUCACUGGAUAUUCCGAUGUUUACUUCCGAUGCUUGGUGGCAUUAUGUGCGGACUCGGAGGAAACUUACUGCACAACGAAUCACUGCCAUGGUCCGGGACAUGACAAGCUGCCACGCAGUCGUAAACGACGCAGUAAUGGGGAACACGACGCGUCGAGUUUAUCCCUUCCGGAAAGACAGGCUUCACUGGAUGACGAUCCCGCAGCGAAGAAAUUCAUAGAGAUGGCUGUGACCACAGUCUUGCGUGUACAGGAAGAUACUGAAUCAAACUUAGAACGAGAGUCGCAAAUCCUGUCCCAUUAUGAAGGCAACAAGGCACACUUUUUCACCGGACACUGCCAAAGAUAGUGGAAAAUGCAAUAAACACAGUUUCAAUUUAAUGUUCCUUGUAGCUUGUACUGGAUUAGUUUUCGUUCUUUUGUUGGUUGUUUCAAUAUUGUUGUGCAGGACAUAUUCUUCUAAAUCGAGGCUGGUUAAUUUAUCUAAAAAGAAUUUGGUAUUGUCAGGAAAUUAAUGAUUAAAUGUUCGAAUGAGCUGAUGUUUGGCAACGAAUAUACUACGAAUCACAUGUUUGUUUGUUGGAUCCAUCAACAGUCGCUGUAAAUUAUACAACUAGAUGAUAUAAAUAUAUUUAUAAAACUUGUUUUUGUUCGUUAUCCUCUGUUUAAAGCCGUAUCAGUUAGAUUUAGAUCUUUCUAAAGCCGUUUCAUUUCUCCUCCAUCCCAAUGUACCACAAAC